AUGUGCUACCAAGACUUUAGAGUUCACAGAGGGGAUUCAGUAUUAGACUGCACCAUGUCCAUGCCACAUCCUAACACUGAACAAGGGUUGGUCCAUUUUCCACAGUGCACAGCUACGGAUCAAACUUCCACCUCACAGCAUGCUCAGACAACUCCAGAGCCUUUACAUGGGGACACCUCUGAAGUAUGCCAACAGCAAACAGUUUCUGAUCUUCUGGAGAAAGGUGUUAGUGUGACUGUGGUAAGAGACUUUCCAUUGGGAACACUGGAGGACUUUGUUGAGGAAGGACACUCUUUGCACUCCACCCUUCCUGAGGUCUAUGAGAGGAGGCUUUGUCUUCUUGCCCUCCAGUUGGUGCUAGGACUACAGCAACUGGGACAUUUUAAAGUCAUUCACAGGGAAUUGAAACCACAGAGUGUGACAUUAGUGUGGCCUAGUAUCACUCGCAAAGAGGCUGACUCUAAUGAUUACUCUAGUGAGAUGAAAAGGGGAAGCAUGAAUACAGAAACUUUGACAGGUAUACCACUAAUCACAGUAUCCAAAGAGCACACAGACUACGAAAGGACGAAAAGUGAGAUUUGUCAAACCUUAUGGGAGAAGUGGGGCACACCUCGUUUGGUCCUGAAGAGUCAUUUUGAGGAUGAGGUUUUGCAAGAAGCAAAAUCCCAAGAGUUCCAGUUGGGGACUUUGCUAGGGUACUGCCUACAUCUCAAUGACAGUUGCUCAUCUGUGUGGAAGGUGCCUCAAGGCACUCCAUACACUCCAGGCUUGCUGUGGCUGGUCACCCAGCUUACAUCUGAGAAACCUGGGCUACUAUUAGCCGAUGUGGUGGGUGUCCUCCAGGCCCUGCUUUGGGGUCCUCGACAGGGACUCUUUCAGCAGAACCAAAUGGAGAUCUCUGUGCUUUCUAAUUGGUUACUACUUAAGAGUUCUCUUUUGGUUCUCAAGCUUGCCGAAAAAGGACUCUUUCAGGAUCAGACUGGCUUGGACUGGGAAGACUAUCUCUGUCUGCAAUAUCUAUCCCUUACUGACCCAGAGACUAUGCGUAGCAUAACUGAACGUAUGGGCCUUGAUUUCAUUACAACUGCUUAACAGAUAAAAAUGUAAAUAGUAAUGACAGCAAUUGUGAGUUGGUGAGCCUUGUAAUAUCACUGAUAUGUAAAAGAACAGUUUUAAAAUCCUAAGAACAGAUCACCUUGUCCCAUAUUUGUAAUUCACAUUCAUGAGCUGCUGUAUACUUCAGGAGCCCUGCACAACACACUGAAAAAUCUAGAUAUCGUGGCAACAAAGAAUUUGUCCCUUAUUUUAAUUAAAUCGGGGGCCAAGUUUGACUUUGUUCACUCGUUUUUUUUGGUAAGUUGUUGCAAUGUUGUACUAAUGUUUUAAUUUAAGCAGAUCAUUGCCACAAUUUAAAGGAACAAAUUUUUGUCAUGUACGAGGCUCAUACAUAUGCAUCCCUACUCUUUCCAUUUUUUUCCCUCAAUUCUUCUUGCUACAAAAUGAACAUGUAAAACAUGUUAUUUAUACGGCUUUAUCAUAUUCAAAGGGAUCAGGCUACUCCCAUUUACAGAAAAGGCCCAAGCAAUAUAAACUGUGUAUUAUUGCAAAAUCAGCUUAUUGUUGGAGUUUGACCUUGUGGCAUUUACUUAUUAACAAUACCUGGGAAAAUUUGCAUUAUGAAACAUUCAACAGGGUUAAAAGAGCAAUAAAGCCUUCUAAACCUACGAAGACAUGGUCUAAUAAUUUACAUUAUGCUUAUGGAAACGAAUAGAGGUAGCGAAACGAAGGUAGUGGUGUAAGGUGAGCAUUUUUAUUCUGCACACUGUCAAACAUGCAGACAGAUCCUAUUGAAGUCCUAACUAAACUCCAAUUCAUGCACACAUUAAGAAACAACUUGAAGACACUGGUAAAAAGAAAAUCAACAUCAGCAAUGAAAACCAUGAUUCUACAAACAUUGAUGAUUGAGGGAUCUUAACCAUAAAUAUUAUGCACUAAAAAGGAUCUGUGUGGGAAUGGAUGAAGGGAAAUCAGCAAAGAAUCCAAUUACAUUGGAAGUUAAGCCCAGUGGCAAUGGCUUAAAUUAAUGGUCACUGCAGAAAUUGGGUUUACACUAGCGCAAAUACGACUGG